UGGAUGACGCACUGGAAAGGGCGGGGCCACGGGCUGUUUCCGGCGCAAGCGCCCGUUUGAGGAAGCUGGAGAUCCCGACCACAGACGGAUUACACAGUAGAGAGGAAGACAUCACGUGAGAGUGAGACUCCCAGCAGACUUCUCCGUGUGUCAGGAGGACUGAGCAGGACCCAGAGCCCCAUCACGGUGCAUCCACCUCACUCACUGAUACAUGAGAGACACAAUGACCAGAAGAUCCUGGAACUCACCAACAAGAUCAUUCAGCUGCUGACUGGAGAGGAGGAGGAGUAUAUAGAGGAAUACAGGGAUCUGUACAAGAACGUGAUGAUGGAGAAUCACCGGCCCCUCACAUCACUGGAUGGGCCCAGUAACAGAGAUACCCAAGAGAGAUGUCCCCGUCCUCUGUAUUCCCAGGAUUGUACAGAGAAGAAUCAGAGGAUUCUGCAGGAGGAUCAGGGAGAAGAUCUGACUCUUAUUAAAGUAAAAGAUAUAAAGAAAGAAGAAGAAGAGACGUAUGUGACUGAUAUAAAGGCAGAAGAUAAAGAAGGAGAAGAAGAGACAUAUGUGACUGAUGAUAAUAAAGAAGAUAUAGAAGGAGAAGAAAAGAUGUAUGUAACUGAUAUGAAGACAGAAGAUACAGAGGGAGAAGAAGAGACGUAUGUGACUGAUAUAAAGGCAGAAGAUAUAGAGGGAGAAGAAGAGACGUAUGUGACUGAUAUGAAGGCAGAAGAUAUAGAGGUAGAAGAAGAGACGUAUGUGAGGGGUGAUCAGCAGUGUAAGGAGGAGGAAAUCCCUAGAGAUAUCGGCACAGCAGAUGGAUGCACAAGCAGGGAUCCUUUGGAGGGACAACUCAUUUUGUAUCCAGAUUUUAAAACAGAAAUUAACAUCACACAAGGUUCUUCAGAAGAAAACACCAUUACCGUAAAAACACAUCCAGUAUUUAUCAGUGCAGAUAAAUCAGCUGAGCCCUCUAAGCAUGAGGAAUGUUCUACUGAUAAAUCUGUUAUUGCUACACAAAGUGCAAUUGAUUCAAGUGAUACAGACUUUUCAUUUUCUGAGUGUGGUAAUAGUAAAUGCGUUUUAGUUAUACAUCAAAGUCACACAGGUGAAAAAUCAUUUCCAUGUUCUGAGUGUGGGAAAUAUUGUAAAACAAACAAAAGUCUAAUUAGGCAUCAGAGAUCACACACUGAGGACAAACCAUUUCCAUGUUCUGAGUGUGGUAAAUGUUUUAGAAGUAAAUCAGAUCUUGUUGAACAUCAUAGAAUUCACACAGGUGAAAAACCAUUUCCAUGUUCUGAGUGUGGGAAAUGGUUUAGAAGGAAAUCAGAUCUUGUUGUACAUCAGAGAACUCACACAGGUGAGAAACCAUACCCAUGUUCUGAGUGUGGAAAAUGUUUCAUAACUAAAGCACAUCUUGUUAGACAUCAGAGAAGUCACACAGGUGAGAGGCCAUUUCUAUGUUCUGAGUGUGGGAAAUGUUUUAUGCAGAAAUCAGUUCUUGUUGAACAUCAGAAAAGUCACACAGGUGAGAAGCCAUUUCCAUGUUCUGAGUGUGGUAAAUGUUUUAGAAAUAAAUCAGAACUUGAUGUACAUCAGAGAACUCACACAGGUGAAAAACCAUAUCCAUGUACUGAGUGUGGGAGAUGUUUUACAAGGAAAUCAGAUCUUAUUGCACAUCAGAGAACUCACACUGGUGAGAAACCAUUUCCAUGUGCUGAGUGUGGGAAAUGUUUCAUAAAUAAAUCUGAUCUUGUUGUACAUCAGAGAACUCACACAGGUGAGAAACCAUUUCCAUGUGCUGACUGUGGAAAGUGUUUCAUAACGAAAUCCGCUCUUGUUGUACAUCAGAGACUAGAGACUCACACAGGUGAGAAGCCACUUACUUGCUCUGAGUGUGGGAAUGCGUUUGCAUCUAAAUCAAGACUUGUUGUGCAUCAGAGACGUCACACAGGUGAGAGGCCCUUUCCAUGCUCUGAGUGUGGGAAAGGUUUCAUAACUAAAGCACAUCUUGUUAGACAUGAGAGAACUCACACAGGUGAAAAGCCAUUUCCAUGUUCUGAGUGUGGGAAUGUGUUUGCACGUAAAUCAUGUCUUCUUACACAUAAGAGAAGUCACACAGGUGAGAAACCAUUUCCAUGCUCUGAUUGUGGGAAAUGUUUUACACAGAAAUCAGUACUUGUUGCACAUCAGAGAAGUCACACAGGUGAGAAACCAUUUCUAUGCACUGAGUGUGGGAAAGGUUUCAUAACUAAAGCACAUCUUGUUACACAUCAGAGAACUCACACAGGUGAGAAACCGUUUACAUGCUUUGAGUGUGGGAAUGUGUUUGCACGUAAAGCAAGUCUUGUUGAACAUCAGAACACACACAGAGUAGCCAUUUGUAUGUUCUGAGUGCGGGAAAUGUUUUACAUAUAUCACUACUUUGAUCAGAGAAUGUUCACAGGGGGAAAUACAUUUCUGUGAGCUUAUAGACACGAGAUGAAGUUUCAGUAAUAUUUUAAAUGUAAAAUACAUUGAUAUGAUUCAGAAACACUAUAAACACAGGCAAAAGUGCAUUGUCAGUGUAAACUCAAAAGUAUGUAGACUUCCCAGAGUUAUGGAGGACAGGUAAAAUAAUGUAUGCACAUGCUCUCUUGUAUGGCGCUCACUAGAUUUCUGUUUUAUGUCAGUUACUAUGCUCUCUAUUGUUUGGAGCUCACUAAAUUUCUAUUUUAUAUCAGUUA